AUGUCUAUCUAUAAUACAAAAUUAAUAUCAAUCAUUGUCAAUAGUAACCCUCAAAAGUAUUCUCGGAACAUAUCUACUGGAAUAGUUCAAACAGCAAUAGAAUCACUGAGAGAGACACUUCCCAAGAGAGAGAGUCACAAACAAGCCAACACAAUAUUACAAUCGAUAUUGGAACAGUACAAAGAUUUCUCACCAAUAUUAGAGUUGAAUAUAGAAUCACCCUACAAUCUCCAAAUCACACCAAUCAUUAUUUCAUAUUCACACGAGGAUGAUUAUAGCUUUUAUCAAUGUAUUAGUAGAAAUGCAGAAUUUGUUGUCAGUGGGAUGGAUAUAUCCAAAUUCUUUGAUGGGACAACCUUUUCAAAGAGUUUUGAUAAUAUCAAAAUAGUAUUUGUCAAUCGAGGAAUAGAUAAUAAUAAUAAUAGUAAUCAUCAUAAUAACAAUAUAGGAUUAAUUUAUGCUAGAGAAUUGGCAGCUAAAAUUAAAUCAUACAACUUUUCAAGAAAAGAUUUUAUUGAUCGAAUUAAAGCAGGAUCAGCCAAAGGAGAUCAACAAUUCACCAAUCUUCUCAACUAUAUAUCAACACUUUUUUUAAAAGAAACACCCACUGCAUCACAGUAUGAUUUGGUUGAAAUAUUAUUUUCAACCUUUCUUUCAGCUAGCUUUCCCUACAUCCUCUCCAAAACCAUCUCUCAUCAAGUGGGACACGACAUUAUUUCAUGUCUUUUCAUCAUUUUCAUCAUUGAAAACCCCACUAGCACAUUUGCUCAAUUUCAAAAGUCGUAUCCAACACAAGAUACUAGUUCUUGGUGUUUUACCAUGUCUGAUUAUCUAUUGAAUCAAAGCCAACUGAAACACCUCAAGAUCAUGCCUAAAAAGUCCGACCACCACUUUUUCAUUCCAAUGAUGAUCCCGAAUGUUAAAGAUUUGGCACCACUUUAUUCAAAUGUCCACACAUACCUGUUGACCUAUCCCGAUAGUUGUUAUAUUGGAAAGAGCCACCCUCCAUUUCCACUACCAGUCGCCAACAAUGAACUGACUCUUCUCUCUGUCUUUACCUUUGGCGAGGUUUCAAUCAAUGGUCGCUGUGGUCUGUAUUUAUUGACAUUUGGGUCGAACAUUCCUGACGCUGAAUUCGACGACAAUUUAGAUGUAUCUGCUUAUCUCAAACCAUCUUUUAGAAUUGAUGAUCUAGAUAAUUAUAAGCAUUUCAUUUAUAAAACUGUCAAUUUAAAGGAAUGGCAAACAAUGGUUCCAACAAGAGAUAUCAGAUUAGUACCACUCCAAAAAAAUGUAUUCGUUCAAGAGAAAAUACUAGUUGCUAUUGUCACAAAGAAGCGAUUGGAAUUCAAUGCAACAAAAGUAGCAGCAAUCAAUCGUAUAAAGGCUCUCCAAGAGAGUACUGACAACAACAACAACAACAACAACAACAAUAACAAUAAUAUCAAUCAAUUAUCACAACAAUUAACCAAUGAAAUUAAUUUGGAAAUUGAAGUAAAACAUGUUUUCCUUUUAAUCAGAGAAAGCACCGAAGCACAGUUGAGCCAGACCAACUCAAUGAAAAACCAAGGAAUCUUGGAUAUCGGCGGUCUUUUCUUUCUCAAGGCAAAUGGUCUGCCUGGCCACAACCCUCGAGAGACGACUUUUAUUCCUCACUUUAUUCUCGAGGUGCUUAGUAGCUCAGAGUAUAGCUUUGAAGAACGAAUCCAAAUCAAAUUUAUGAUGAAUCAAUUUGGUUAUGGAUACGUGAUUAUUGGAGCGUCGUUGGAACGUAUCACAAGAAGAUUGACCGAUUUCAAUCUAUUGACCAAACUAUUGGACGAUUCUGAUGGCUUUUUAAUCAUUCUCAUGCCUCCAAAAGCAUUUUUUGGUGAUCAAGUUUCAUUGUUGAUGGACUUUGGUAAUCAUCGUCUCUAUACGACCAACAUCAAGCAACUCAAAGAUGGAAAAUGGGUGCCAUUUGUAAUGCACACAUUUGAUGAAGCCUUGGACAUGAUGCGAGGCUUUUUUGAUGGUCUCACUCAAUUCUCGUACCAGCUUUCUCAGUACACCAAUCGAGCCUCCAAGCAGAAGAAUUCCAAAGUAGAAGCCAACGUUUUCAAAUCUGCCCUCAAAAUUGACUUUUCUCAAAAUGCUUUGAUCCACACUAGAACAUCAAAGUUGAUUCUCAAGAAUAGAAACAAUAGCCAGUCGCUCCAAAAUCAACUCAAAUUUUGCAAAUCUGUGUUUCCUUCUGUAACUCGAGUCGAACAUCACGAGUUACAGUCUGCUCAUCGACCAUCCCGUUUUGUUUCUCCAGUAAAGGCUAGAGCUCAACCAUCUCGUGCUGAGUCCCCAGUAGAGGGUGAAGCUCAACCAUCUCGUGUUGAGCCCCCAGUAGAGGGUGAAGCUCAAGACACAAGCAAUGAUAUGGACGACUCAGAUGAACAUCACGACGAAGAACUUUCUGAAGAGUUCAACGACCCUUUUAUUGCUGCUGAAACAAUCAAAAAGUUUCAUGCCGAAAAGCCAAACACUAAUUUUCUUUUCAUUGGUACUGCAACUGAUAGAUUCAUUCGAGAUGAAGUACAUCUUAAAGAAUUAUCAACUGUUUCAAGAGAAAAUAACUGCAUGGUCGUUGUAUUAAUCUCAUCGUUUGCAACCAUCAACAAGGUUCAUACCAAAACAUACAUUGUGGAUGUUAUCAACCGUAUCAGAGAAUGGGUUGGAGCACCCAAACUCACUGACCAAUCUGUUUUGGAACAAUUGGCCGAGUACUCUACCUAUAUAGAUUUCCUCAAAGAAUGUGGUGUAUCAUUCUCAAAGCGUUUCAACAAACAAUUCUGGAAAUUUGAAUCAAGACAACAAUUAUAUCCAAUGAUCGUGGAUGACAGCAAUUAUGACAUUCUUGCCGAGAAUGCUGUAAACUCUCGCAAGUUUAUGGAAAUCGUCCAUGGAAACAUGAUACCCUAUUCAAAAUAUCAUAUUCCUCAAAAGGAGUUUAUUGGACUCAACCUCAACGAGAAUGUAGAAGAACCAAAAAGCAAAACUAGUUUGGUUGUUUCUUUUUUGGAUUAUGUAUUGGACAGUUGCAAUGUAUCUGGAGCAGCUAGAUUAAACUUUAUUCCAUCAAUUAGAGAGGCCUCAUUGAAUUAUCAUACUAUUGGCUUCAAUUCUAAAUCGAUUACACAGGUUUCGUCUCAAGAUCACACCCUCAAAGUAGAACCAUGUUUUCGUGGUGUGGUUUUGGUGGAAAUCGAUGAAAAGUGGAUAGAAAUACCAUGUUUUAGUGAUGUGGUUUUGGUGGAAAUUGAUGAAAAUUGGAUAGAAAUAGCAUCUGUUCGACUCGCAAUCCAAUCGUUUGCAGACGACUCGCUUGGUUUGGCAGCCAAUAGAGGCGAGAUCAAUCGUACAAACAAACACUUCGAUGACUUUUGCGAUACCACUGCGUCUAAAGUCAACCCCGCCAAGUGCGUCAUCAUAGUGAUCGGUAUGGAUACUGUCAACCUCCCAUUCCCUGUAGCAACGAGCACCGAAAGAUACCUCGGGUUUGGUGCCACAAGGAAUGGCAUAGAUCGACAGACCCCCAAGAUCCUAAAUUCCAUUCGCUCCUCACUUGUCAAGUGGUCACCUUUCAGAGUAUCGCUGAGAAAAAAAAAAAUUCGCAAAACCAUCAAUAUAUGGGUAAAGAAUAAAGAAUUUAGAAAACUCUUUGGCGAUCUGCAUACGAGGAUCUAUACUAUAGAACAAGAAAACAAGUCAUUGAAAGACAUUCUAGAAGAGAAACAAGUAAAGUUAAAUUCUUUGGCAGAUCAGAACGGAAAACUAAAUGAAAGAACUAAACGACUUGAAUUCCCUAAACAACAUCAUAUCCUAUAG